AGACUAGGAACUACGUUCAGCGCACAUGUGUUCUGUAUAUCGCGAAUGUGUUUGUAUUGAAACAAAAAUCAAGAACAAACCUUAAAGUUACUACCACCAGACUGACCCAAGAGCCGAGAUGCUCAGUGAGGAUGAAGCUAAAGAUCUGCUGUCGUUUCUCACUCUUGAGAUGAGAGCGGAUGUUAAAGGUCAGGCCACCGGCUACAUCUUGGGCCUCACAGGGAACAGGGACGGGUGCCGAUACCUGCAGUCCAAACCAGACUUUCUGAAAGCCCUGGUGACUCUAACCAGCGACCCUUCCAUUGCCAUCGUGAAGGACUGUUUUCAUGCCCUGAUCAACCUCUCAGCAGACGAAACGCUCCAUCAGCCUUUAGUUAAAGAGACUGAGAUUCUGUCCAAACUGAUCCCGAAGCUCCAGGACCCGGAGUUUGUGUUUUCGGAUCGGAUCUGUACAAUCUUAAGUAACCUGAGCCGACAUGAACAAACAUGCAGAGAUGUGUUCAAAGCCCUGCAGGAGCUGAAUGUGGGACUGGACAGACUGGUGGAAAUCUUCUGCACGGAGGGCUUUAAUAAGAAGGCUUCGCUGCAUUAUCUGGCGCCCCUGCUGUCCAACCUUACACAGCUGCCCGAGGCCAGACACUUCAUCCUGGACAAGGACAGGUGUGUGAUUCAGAGACUCCUGCCGUUCACACAGUAUGAGGAGUCCAUCACCAGACGAGGAGGGGUGGUGGGAACACUCAGAAACUGCUGUUUUGACUAUGUCCAUCAUGAGUGGCUGCUCAGCGAUGCUGUCGAUAUUUUACCGUUCCUUUUAUUGCCAUUGGCUGGACCAGAGGAGCUCUCAGAGGAGGAGAAUGAAGGUUUGCCGGUGGACUUGCAGUAUUUGCCUGAAGAUAAAAGGCGAGAAGAAGAUCCUGACAUCCGCAAGAUGCUCUUAGAAACUUUGAUGCUUCUUACAGCUACUAAAGUGGGCCGGCAGAUUCUGAAGAGCAAGAACGUUUAUCCCAUCAUGAGGGAGUUUCACAAAUGGGAGAAGGAUCCGCAUGUGAUCUCAGCCUGUGAGAAACUUGUCCAGGCUUUGAUUGGAGACGAGCCGGAGGUGGGAAUGGAGAACCUGAUGGAGGUGGAGAUUCCCAAAGACGUGGAGGAAAAACUCCAGGAACUGGACGCCAAGGAGCAGGAGCAAAUGGAAAAGGACAAACAGGAGCUAGAGAAGAGCCAGAAUGAAUCUCGGGAAGGCCUGGAGAGAUGAAUACACAUCAGAACUAAUACAAUACUCAAAUAGAGACUAUAUCAAUGUCGAAUGUACAGCAUCUGUAUGCGAAUGAAAAUGAGUAUCUGAGGAUCAUAAUUAAAGAUGUUGUCAUG